AUGACUCGUAAACGCCGCAAUGGAGGACGCGCCAAGCACGGCCGUGGUCAUGUUAAAGCCGUAAGGUGCACCAACUGCGCCCGUUGCGUGCCAAAAGACAAAGCCAUCAAAAAGUUUGUAAUCAGGAAUAUUGUUGAGGCGGCUGCUGUCAGAGAUAUCAAUGAAGCCUCCGUUUAUACUUCAUUCCAACUACCCAAGUUGUAUGCUAAGCUGCACUACUGCGUGUCUUGCGCCAUCCACAGUAAAGUGGUCCGAAACAGGUCUAAGAAGGACAGACGCAUCCGUACUCCUCCCAAGAGCACCUUCCCUAGGGACAUGGCUCGCCCACAGAAUGUACAGAGGAAG